UGUUUCAGUCAAGAUCAUCAGCUCGCCCUCGUUGCAUGUGUACUUGUGAAUAGUAUUGGCAAAAUGGCGAUGUUUUGCAGGUCUGCUAUCUUUCUAAAACCAACGAGAGCACUAACAUACACACUGACAGCUGCACGGCAGUGUAGCGCAGGUGGUCAGUAUCAGCACAUUCUGGUGGACAAGAAGGGAGAAAAACAGAAUGUGGGGUUCAUUCAGUUGAACCGACCCAAAGCCCUCAAUGCUCUCUGCGACAGUCUGAUGACGGAAGUUGGUCAGGCCCUAGAUGCAUUUGAAGCUGACAGAGAGGUCGGGGCUAUUGUCAUCACCGGCAGUGAGAGAGCCUUUGCAGCUGGAGCAGACAUAAAAGAGAUGCAGAACAGAACGUUUCAGGAGUGCUAUGGUGGAAACUUCCUUGCACACUGGAAUCGGAUUUCAACUGUGAAAAAACCUGUCAUAGCCGCUGUGAAUGGAUUCGCUCUUGGCGGAGGAUGUGAAUUAGCCAUGAUGUGUGACAUUAUUUAUGCUGGGGAGAAGGCACAGUUUGGACAGCCAGAAAUCCUACUUGGAACUAUCCCAGGUGCUGGUGGAACUCAGAGACUAACAAGGGCAGUCGGGAAGUCCCUUGCUAUGGAGAUGGUACUGACAGGGGAUCGAAUCUCUGCCCAAGAAGCCAAACAGUCAGGGCUUGUGAGUAAAAUAUAUCCUGUGGACCAGGUGGUACAAGAAGCAAUCAGAUGUGGAGAGAAAAUUGCUGGCAACUCUAAGCUGGUUUCUGCAAUGGCAAAAGAAGCUGUCAAUGCAGCUUUUGAGUUGACACUGGCUGAGGGAAAUCGCCUUGAAAAGAGAUUAUUCCACGCAACGUUUGCCACUGAUGACAGAAAGGAGGGAAUGACUGCAUUUGUAGAGAAGAGGAAGGCUGAUUUCCAGGACAAGUAAUGGAGGAGUGUGAAUUCAAACCUGGAUAACUCUGAAAGAACAGUUACAUAGGUUCUGAGUCAAAUGAUUCUUGAGCUUCAGUAUUGCCUUGUGGUUUCAUACCACUUCUUCCUUCUUGGUUGUAUGGGAUAUUUUCAAACCUGAUAGAUAUCCAUGUUACCCAAACCAUACUCAAGUCAGACUUAGCACUAUAUGGUAAAACAUUAAAUAUUGUCAUCAUUGAUUUAUGUUUUGGUUUGUUUUUACUG